CCGUCACAGUCGGGCCAAUCCACUCCCACGAUUCACGCCGUCCCCACCAGCAUAUUGUCCCAGCCUUUCCCCGACGGGACUGACCUGGCUGUUCCCUGAUUGCUGCAAUACUAUUACUAUUGCUGAACCGAACUCGUCCAUCCUGCGCCCAAACCCUGCACCGUGCUCCCCGCGCCUGCACUGUGCCUGUCCGUCCGUACCUAUCUAUCUAUUGUCCUUCUCUCGAGCCCUCCUCCUCCUCCUCCUCUGCUGCUGCUGCUGCUGCUGCUGCUCAAUUCAAGCCGACAAGGGCCUGCCUAUCCAGACAGGGACGAGAGAGAGAGCACUCUCUCCGUACGAGGCUGCACACCACACGACACACGACCCACGGGCGCAUCUUUGCAUCUCGCAUCCGACCCAGUCCCAACACUAUCUGCCGUCCACCCACACACCCUCAUUCCGCCUCUGCAUCCAGCCAACAAGGCAAAAAAAGAAGACAAGGCCCGCUCCCACCAGCACCGUGUGCGACACCACUGGGCUGUGUGGGCUGUGGGUUGUGGAUCUUGCUGGCUGCUGGGCUGCUGGCUGCUGGCUGCUGGCUGCUGGCUGCUGCACCUCGAUGGUGACGAGCUAAGCCUCCUCAAACUAAACUCAUGGAACAGCUCCCGAGCCCAAACCCACUACCGCCCUCCGCCUGACGAGAGAUACCCCAGUAGUCUACCUACGUACAUUCCUACCCGUGCCAUACCGCACGACAGUUCCACCUUGUCCUUACCUGUCGCCAAAUCCUAAUCUGCACUCGACAAUCCGCGUCGCGACUCGACUCGACUCGAAUCGAAUCCAAUCGCCUCGUCUCGCCUCGCCCGGCACUGCCCUCCCCUCCCCUGCCUCCCCCUCCAUCCAUCCUCAGCGACACUUCUCCCCAUCCACCACCUCCACCUGCCUGUCUCAAGACCGACCCAGCCUUGGCGGCCCCCGAUCCCAAAAAAUCAGCCAGGCCCCAUCCAGCCCAGGCCGGCAUCAGAUCCCGACCAUGAGCUUCAACACGGGCACGGCAUACGCCGAGUCUGAUGCCGACGAUGAGUACGAGCGGGACCUCCACGAGAGCUCCCCGAUAGACGCCACCGACGCUUCCAUCUCGCCCACCGACUCCGACCCUCCCUCCAACGAACACACCCCGACCACAUACGGCUAUCGCUCCAGCGCCGAUCGCCUGCCCGAGACCAUCAUAUCAGAAUGGAGCGUCGACGAGGUCGCCGACUUCAUCGCGACAAUCGGCCUGCAACAAUACUCGGACCGAUUCAUUGAAAACGAAAUCGUCGGAGAGGCCCUGGUUGCUCUGUUACAUGAUGACCUCAAGUCCAUGGGCAUCACCAGUGUCGGCCACAGGCUGACCGUCCUCAAGAGCGUCUACGACGUCAAGAAGGCACAGGAUGUGCCUAUAGAAAAUGACCACUAUGUACCACUAUCUGCCGACGCCGAGGCCCAGUAUGCCACCGCGACGCUGAAAGACAUCAGACAUUUGGUGGAGCAGCUGAGGCUACGGGACGAGCGGAUGAACUUGUUCGAGCAAGACUUUAGGAAACUAGCUGACGACUUCCGGAGGCUACGGGAGGACAUGCUGCCCGCUCUGCGCCUGGCCAAGGAUGCCCAACAGCCCUUGCCAAACGUGAGCAACGGACAACACGCAACAUACAGCUACGACACGACGGUGUCACCUCCGGCCCCGACCCCGUCCACUCUUGGCAGCCAGUCUGCCAGCCUUAAGCGCCAAUACUCGACCAAGCGGAUCGUCCUCGGCACAACACCCAAGACCACCUCCCCAUCGCAUCUACAGACAAGCCACGACCGGAGCAUCAUCGAACAGACAGUAGACCCUUCGAGCGCCGCUGAGAGGGCCGUCAUGUCGUCGUCACACCUGGCAGCCAUGAACGGAUCCGGCGGUCCUACCGCAACUUCACCAUCAUACCCAUCACCAAAUAUACCCUCACCCACGUCGCCCCCAAGCAUAGGCGGGACAACCCUUGGCUCCAGAUCCUACCGCGCCGACCAGCCGACCCCGUCCAGCCGAUCCACCUUCCGUGAGAACGAGCACGGGUACGACCCGCGCGACAAACAGAACGCCGCACCAAGAAGAGGCCAGACGCCGGCCCCGGACACGCCGAGCUCGAGCAACGCAUCCGUCGAAAUAUUCAAGUCGUUCAGGGUGAGCCUGGAUGACCCAUGCUACAAGGUCCUACCGGCCGCCCUCAAGAAAUACCAAAUCAACGCACCAUGGGACCAGUAUGCCCUCUAUAUCGUAUACGGGGAUCAGGAGCGGUGCCUCGGGCUGGAGGAGAAACCGCUGAUCCUCUUCAAGCAGCUGGACAAGGAGGGCAAGAAGCCCAUGUUUAUGCUGAGGAAGACCAACAAUGCCCAGUCCGACGUGGUAGGGGAGGCUCCCGGAAGCGCCGGCCUGGGAUCGGCGGCAUCGACCAGAGGUGGCUACGACCCACCGGGUGGCAUCAUAUGAGGCUGAUUGCCGCGAUGUCUGAUAUAAUGAAUGGGGCAGUUUUGUCAAUGCGAGGGCAUCGGUCGGGCGGGAAAAGGCUCUUGCGCUGAGCGGCAUCCUACCGACUACUGUAUAUUCACAUAGGAGAUUUCCCCCGUCCGCGCAUGUAUGGAAUCCAUGGGCGGGAAUUACGGGGGAGCGUGAGACCAAUGGUCUAGGGUGAGGGAGAUCUUGGUAAAUGAAGGCAAGGUGGCACAAAGGAUGGACGGGCGGGCGGAUGGACGGACGACGUUUUGGACAUGAUCUCGGGGGUGGUGGGACGCGGUCGCAUCUGGAUGGACGGACUCAUGGACGGGUGAAUGAACGGAAGGGGGGCUUGUGGCUUUUGAUAUGGCUGGGAACUACAACAAUUGUCUUCGAUAUAGCGGAUCAGAUCCCCUCCCCGCGAUAUGGCGGGGAUCUCUUCUGGAUUGUUUCUCUCGAUUCUCUGGGACAAAAAUUACACACCCGUUCUCACCCACCCA